CUUUACAUCAAGGAAUGCGAGUAGAAGUAAAACGCCAAGCCCACACUCCCGGCCGCACAGUGCAAGCCGGCGGAGCACCACCCCACUAUCCAAACUAAUGGGCAGAAGAAGCAACUCCGAAACCGAAAUUCCGUUUACCGGUUCCAUUUUAUCAAGGAAUGGGAGUAGAAGAAGUAAAACGCCGACGCCGACGCCGGCGAGCCCACGCUCCUGGACGAACAGCUCAAGCGGGCAGAGCACCACCACGCUAUCGAGCCUUAUGAGCAGAAGAAGCAACUCAGAAACCGAAAUACCCUUUCCCUUUUUACCCCCAGAAAUCAAAACACCGAUUUUCUCUUCGCACACAGAAGCCGAAGACUCUCAAUCAAGAAGUGCUAGGAGUAGAAGGAGCUCAUCGGAAACGGAAGCUUCUCUAUUAAAAGAUGUGGGCCGAAGGUCCACCACCCCUAUCAUAUUCUCGCAAUCAACUGCGCGGCGAAAACCUCCAGCAGUGGAGAAGAAGCUCAAGUGCACGCUUGAGGAGUUGUCUGAAGGAUGUGUCAAGAAGAUCAUGAUCACAAGAGAUGUCAUCACCAACAAUGGGAUAAUCAUCCAAGAAGAGGAGAUAGUGAAGAUCAAAGUGAAACCAGGAUGGAGGGAGGGAACAAAGGUAACAUUUGAGGGAAAGGGUGAUGAGAAACCAGGGUAUCUCCCUGCUGAUAUAAUCUUCUCCAUUGAUGAAAAAACACACCCUUUGUUUAGGAGGAAAGGUGACGAUUUGGAAAUAGGAAUUGAGAUCCCUUUGGUGAAGGCUCUCACUGGUUGCUCAGUUCCAGUUCCUCUAUUAGGAGGUGAAAAGAUGACUUUGUCAUUCGAUGAUAUCAUAUAUCCAGGCUAUGAAAAGGUGAUUAGGGGCCAAGGCAUGCCAAUCUCUAAAGAAAGAGGAAGGAGAGGUGAUCUUCGAAUCAAGUUUCUUCUUGAGUUUCCCUCGGAAUUGAGUGAUGAACAACGAGCUCAAGCAGUUAGAAUACUACAAGAUUGUACUUGA